UUGCUUCCUGCAGUGUCCUGUCGCAGGACAGUGCUGGGGAGCGUGAACACUCCAGGCCGGGAUUCUCACUCUGCCAUUUUGAAGAGAACCGACCGGCCGACGUCAGCGUCCAUCAAACUUCAGUGAUGACCUCGAAGAGUGAACUACCUUUGUGAAUGUAUAAGAAUUCCUCAGUGUAGGACAGUUGUCAAAGCAAAGCAGGACCAGUUGUUUUGAAGUGCUAUCAGCCAUGUGUUCGACCAAUCACUCAAACUGGGUUACAUUUGAAGACGAUAACACACCACUCUCCUCUCCACAGAAGCCCCUACAGUCACCAGGAUGCAUCAAAGCGGCACUACCACGUCCCAAUGGUCUCAAAUUAGUUCUUCCACCUAUAAGAGACACUUCCUGGAGCUUCAACAGCUCUCUGGAAUCUCCUCAAAGCCAGUCAAGUUUCAGUGGAGGUUCCUGUGUUCCCUGUAACACGCCCCUUCGCACCCCCAUGAGUGGCGUUCCAAGCGUCACGUCUCGCUCCAACUCAAGGGAGACGAGCAACCUCUUCCAGAGCUUUAGCAGCACAUCUCUUUCUUCUGUUCUCUCUUCUGCACCAGAAGCCCUGAAUCUAAGCUCAGAUGGACCAAACGCCUUCCCUAAUUUCCAGGGGAACUCUGGACACUUUAACCCUUUCUGGGACAACUCUGGACACAGCAUUGAUGUGGACAGCUCCUCUUCAGACUCUGAAUCUGACAACAGUCUACCACGUUUCUUUAUACGGGCCAAAGAUGGCAGUGAGCCUCCACGUGAUCAUCUCCAGAACGCUUUGUCUUUCGUUUGCAACAAAAUCGAAGGCCUCCGAGCAGAAUCGGACAACAGUGGAGAGACAGAAAGACACGAGAGAAAGGAGAGGCGCCUCAGUUCAAAAUGUGAGGUGAUAACUGAGGGUCCCUCUCAGUUUGUCCCCCGGGGGUUAUUUCGUAGCCACAGGAGAGAUGGUUGGCCUGUGAUGCUCAGGAUUCCUGAAAAAAAGAACCGCAUGUCCUCAAGACAAUGGGGACCGAUCUACCUCCGCUUGUUACCGGGGGGGGUGCUGCAGAUGUACUAUGAGAAAGGGCUUGAGAAGCCCUUCAAGGAGUUCCAACUAUUGCCUCAGUGUCGGCUCUCUGACCUCAAGAUAGAAAGUUACAGUGAGCCCCGCAAAGUCCUCACAGUCAAAGUUGAACAUUUCACUUACAUUGAAAAGAAACGCUACCACCCCAAGCUGGAGGUGAAUCAUGAAGCAGAAGUUGAACAACUGCUCAAGUUUGGCUCAACUGUACACAAAGACAUGGAAGACCUAGUAGUCUCCAUGGAGGAGGAGAUCUUUAAGCUGUCCAUGCUCCACCAGCCCAGGCGGAAUUAUGAGGAGCAGGAGCUGUCGCUGCAGAUCACUGACCACAUAUGGGUCCAACAAGAUAAGUUUGGAGGAGUCAUGGAGCGGACUGCCUUCACGCAGAUUCACUGUCUGGCUUUCCUGAAUGGAGUCGGCGAUUGCUUUCUCGCCCUAAAUGACCUCGGCCUGUUGCGCUCAAAUGCGAGCUAUGGAUCUGAAGAUGGCAGUGAGCUCUGGCUGGAGAUCACAGACUGCCACUUUCACAAGUGCGUGAAUGAAACAGAAUUUCGGACCUCCAGACUGUUAAAGUUCUGCCCCCCUGAUGCAUGUAGGGUGGAGUUGAUGCGGUACAAGACGAUGUUUUUGGGUUGCACAGAAAUACCUUUCUCUAUAAAAGCUGUGGUCUCAGUUCAAGGUGCCUAUGUGGAGCUACAGGCCUUUCUUAAUAUGUCAGCAACAUUCCUCUCCACUAUGGGGCUGACAGACAUGUAUCCACUGUGUGAGAAUGUAGAAGUGCGAGUGCCGGUACCGGGUGAAUGGGUUAAAGUAACACAAACAGCGGCCUUGCUGCGCCAGAGGUCACUAAAGGCCCGUAUGAACAGAAAUGCCUGCUUGGGUUCCUUCAGCACUGCACAGUCACAGCCUGUCAUGCAGGUGUCAGUCGGGAGCAUCAAAUAUGAGAACGUCUAUUCUGCUGUUGUGUGGAAGAUUGACAGACUCCCCGCAAAGAACACAGCAGUCGACCAUCCUCAUUCAUUCUCCUGCAAACUAGAGCUGGGAUCUGAUCAGGAAAUCCCAAGCGACUGGUAUCCUUUCAUCACAAUGGAAUGUGAGAUUAUGGGCGCCGUCGUGUCACAGACUACAGUCAAGUCACUGGGCACGGUCAAUGACAUCCAGCCGCUGAAACACGUGACCAGCUGGACACGCUAUCAUUGUCAGGUGGAAGUGGAGAAGAAAUUGAUUGAAACAGAGUCAAAGAAGGAGUCCGGCUGUAUGACACAUUGAUGAACAAAGAAACUCCUUUAAAAAAAUAAAAUAAUAAAAUUUAAAAUAGCUUACAUGGUUGACAAGGGACUGCGUAAUAUUUGGUGUCAUUUUCAUCUAAUUUGACAUUGCUUGGUAUAAUUGCUAUUGAAGGUUUAGUCCUUUAACUAAGACUGUAUGCAUAAACAUCAUAACACUUGCACUUUACAUGUAAUUGUUAAAAGUAAAAUAACAAAUGCAUGAAAACUGUAUGUAUGCUUGCAUUUGUGUCAUCUGGACUGCCCCCCAGAUUCAUUUUCAGUCUAAAUAAAUGGCUGGACUGAGAUUAUUAUUAAUGAGCGGUUUUCGCUGUUUGGGAUAAGUAGAUUUACAUCAGGUUUGCAAUUACGCCCUAUGUUACACGAGUGAAUUAUGGUUCAUGUUAAUAAUCGUAUUUAAAGAUUUGACUCCUGCUCUAAGCAUCUCAUUCAUUCCACGUUGUUCAACUGACAAGUCAAUUAACUGCACUAGAAUAUGGCAAAUGCUUGACAUCAUCCAAAAGAAUCAAAAUCUAAAUGUGAACCCCAUGUGGAAGAGUGAUGUAAACACAAUAACACAACCAACUGCUUCAUUUUGUCUCUAAUUUGGGCUAAUUUGAUUGAACUGAACUGCAUUUUAGUAAUAAUGACAACCAACAAGCUGUUGGACAUUUUGUGCAUUGAGCUUAAAAGCUGCCAAAUGAGUGAAAGUGUAACAAGGCAAUUGGCAAAUAAUGUUUUUAAUUAUGCAUCACAGUAUAUUUUUCUGUAUAAACUGCUGCUGCUGCAAAACCCCAAGAAUUUCACUCAUGAUCUUAAAUUGUACAUAACUAUUUGACUUAGUUAUUUUUUUAUGCAUCUCAUCUGAUUUGCUGCUUACCUUUAGUUGGGCUUUAAGUCUUUAUCAAGGUUCAAUUUUGGAGGAAUGUGUUUUCAUUGAAUCGAAUGUUGUGCUUAUUAUGUGACAGUUCAGCCUGGUCACAGUGAACUCAAAGGCCUUCAAUUAAGACUGAUAUACUGUAUGUGGUUCUGAAAUCCUGUCCUACCAAAGCAAAAUGAGAAAUAAAUAUGUAUGACUUGUGAA